AUGGCUCAGAUACUGGCAUUGGCGCGUUUAGCCGGGACAUUCUUAAAAUCGAAAUCAGCGGAACCGAGGUCAGCUUCCACCUGCUUUCAAAACCAUCCAAAAAUUAUUGACGUCCUUGCGUAUUCUUAUUCUUGUGGUUAUGCCUUGCGAUAUAUAUAUGUCGACAUUACAACCCAGGAGAACUUGAAACUUGCGGAAGACGCUGAUCCGAGAGGAAUCAGAACAAUGGGAGUGUUGUCAAAACCAGACCUUGCCACCGAGAAAGCCGCCCUGGAUGCGGCAAUGGAUCUGCUUCUGGAGAGAAGACGUAUUGUUUUCAAGCUAGGAUAUCAUGUUGUCAAGAACCACAGUGCAGACGACGACGAUUCAACACUGCCUGCCCGUCUUGCUGACGAAAGGGCAUUCUUUGCUGCUCCUCCUUGGUUUAGCAUUCCUGAUCCUCUUCAGCGCCUUCAUGCUUACUUCAAUUUUCAACUCUAG